AUGCGUCGCUUACCUAGGUUGCGAAACGCCGCCCCGGCGGGCUUCGUCACAUCCUCGACACCCACCGGUUCUCUCCGUGUGCCCACCGCAGCAGCCAUCGCCACAACCUCCCCUCUCUCCCUGGCCGCGAGACACAACCUCAACAGCUGCAAUGCACCGGUCCGGCCGUCGCAGCGCCGCUUCCUCUCCGACACCCCUUCCCGCCCCUCACAACCCCAGACCACCAGCCCGCCGGCCGACGCGUCAACCGCCGCUUCCCGCGAGGAACUCGAGUUCCUAGACGACGAGCACUACCCACCCGCGCCUGCGGAAAUCCCCACGCAGCUAGUCUACCCGCGGGGCGUGACCACCGUGCCGCCGCCCUCGGACAUCUCCGACCCGGCCUACAAGCCCGCCGAGACAGCCGACGGCCUGGAGGAAGUGGGCGGGCUGGCCGACUGGUGGGACGACCCGCUGCACUGGGGCAGCGAGGGCGGCGUGCGGCAGUUCGUGGCGUCCGUCGCCACGCCCUUCGGCCCCGCCGAGAAGGUGACGGACCCGGCCAUGCUGGAGGUGCUCGCGCGGCGGGCGAUCAUCGAGGCGAUCGUUGUCGCGCGGUUUGCUGGGGCCGGCAAGCGCAAGGCGGUGGAUCGCUUGUUUGCGCAUGUGGAUGGGAAUGAAAGGCUGGACCAGUUGUUGAAGGCGCAGAUUGUCGUUGACAAAACCGGGGCCGCGACGCUGAAGAAUGCGGACGCCGUCAGGCUCUGGGUUAUGCUCAAGACGGCGGUGAAGAAUGCCACGCAUCGGCGGAAGGAGCAGCAGCAGCAGCCAGCGGGGGAUGGGAUAAGCGGGACGAAAGAGGAGGCAGAGGCUUUGACGGCGGAUGCUCGAGAAUCUGGGGCGCAGGAGGGGGAGGCCACGGAGGCGAAGGAGGCGUUCCCCUCAGCGCCGCUCACGCCGGAGGUAGCGCAGCAGUACAUCGAGUCCUGGAACAGGAACAAAGGGUGGAGGAAAGCUGAGUUAAGAGAUCCGGUGGUUAAGUUCUUUGCCGCCAAGAGGAUCCAGCAGCUUACGGGACAUCGCCUCCAUGACGGCAAGCUGUGUGCCCUCCACACCGUCGAUAGCCUGUUGAAGCAGCUCGUGGAGCCGCCCAAGCCCAAGAAGCUUGUUGAGCUGGUCGAGUCCAAGGGCGUGUUCAAGGACUUGCCCAACGUCCGCGUCUUCCCCCGGAGAGUCACGCCGAUUGACAAGGAGAAGAUGGUCGGCCGCUGGAAGAUCAUUGUCAAGGAGCUCGAGAAGCGCGAGCUACCCGUGAUUGGCACGGGCGACUACGGCGAGCCAAUCGAGAAGAAGUGGGUCGAAGGGAGGACGUCCGUGAAGCUAACGGCCGUAUCGUUGGGCCUAGCAUCUUGGAGGUUGCCCCUCGGCGACUCUGGAGCCUUAGAGUUCCUUCUCUCUCGUGUGCCUACCGCGGACCGCCAACACCCCCUGAACAAGCAGGCUCUUCGCUUGGUGGGCAACGCCUGCGCCGACUGCGACGAGAACCGGGCCAGGGUACUCGAGUCUGGAGUUUUGCGGAGCUUUAUCAUGGAGUGCAUGAAGGAGGACGCGCUUCUGCCCUUUGCAAUCGCUGCAGCACUCAACCUCUGUGUUGACUACAAACUCGGGCAGGAAAAAGCCUCCGCGGCAGGAUUGAGCGAGGUUUUGGUUGGCAUUGUGUCUGGAGAACGGCUCUUGUCAUGCCAGUCGUCUCUUAGCCACAUCAUGGGUAUUUUGCAGCUGAUCUGCAACCAAGACUCUGAGGCCAGGAUGGCCAACCCUCAGACGCCGGCCCUGCUCCUCGAUCUGGCCACCAGCGGAAGAUACGACGUCGACCUGGACACGUUCAUGGAGAUAUGCACACCAGCGCUAGCCUACCUCACCUUGGAGGAGUUCCAGUCAGCGGCUGUGGCCAACCGCAACAUCGAACUGUUGCAAGCGGCCUUUCACCAGCUGUACACCCGCUUUGACCUUGGAGACCUCGAUUCCGACACCGCUAGCCAGCUCAAGCAGACGCUGGUAGACUGGCUGGGAUCAGCGCCAGCCGUAUCCCACCUCCAAACAGCCGCAUGCCUGGCCCUGGGCAACCUCAGCCGCUCCGACGAGUCAAGCACCGCACUCCUCCCACACGUUCAAGAGCACCUGGUCCGCAUUCUUACUCAGGCGAUCCCUCCGACUUCCUCUCCACCUCCGAUUACAAAAGCGCCCGCUCCGCCUCUGCAGCUCGUUCACGCCACUCUCAGUUUCCUCAAGAAUCUGGCCAUCCCGCAGGCCAACAAACCACUUCUGGGUGACGCCCUCCUGGAUCCAUCCCGUCCGCUCCUCCCACGCCUCUGGGCUUCAACCCGCACGCAACCCCAGCUCCAAUUCACCGCCGUCUCCCUCACCCGCCUGCUCCUCGCCAACUGCUCCCCGAACGUCCGUCACGCGUGUACCCCCCUCCCCUCCGACAGCGAGGAGCCCAGCAACCUCGCCCUUCUCACCUCAGUCGCCUCCUCCGCCGACGAGGAACCCAUCAGAACAGAAGCCGCCCGCGCCGUGGUCCAGGUCUGCCGCGCCUUGCACCCCUCUCCGGCCGCAACCUCAGACAUCCUCGACAAGUCUUGGGCCUGGCCAUCACCACCACCAUCACCAUCAGCCUCGAAUGAGAAAGGAACAGAACAAGAUGAGACCCUCGCCCGCUUCUACAAAGCCCACGCCCACGCCAUCACAACCUCGCUCCACCAGUUACUCACCCAGAAACGCUUCCCCACCCUCCGGUCCGACGCCAUCUUCUGCCUGGCACUCAUGAGCCGCUCGUCGCGCGAGGGCGCACACGUGGCGCUGCAGGUGCUCCAGUGUCGCCGCCAGCCUGGCAGCAGCGCAUGGCAGGCUGUGGCCGAGGCGAUAACUGGUAGUAGUGAUGGCGAUGGACCGUUGGCUUCCGCGCUUUUCACGCCGGGCGCCGAUGGUGAGGAGGGAAGAAGGGAUACCAAGGAGUUGAACAACAAGGUGGAGCAGCAGCAGCAGCAGCAGCAGGAGGAGGAGGAGGAGGAGGAGGAGGAGGAUGUUGGAGUGAGCGUACAGAAGCUCAGCCUAGAGCCGCAGCUCGUUGAUCAACAGGCACAGACGAAGCAGCCGGCCGCCAGGAUGGCCAGGAUGGACCGCGAAAAUGGGAUGGUUUUGGUUGCUGAGCUGCUGCGGUCUUGUCCGGAUGCGCUUUCGGAGCUGAGGAAGCCGUUGGAGGCGGUGCUGAACAAGGGCGGCGAGCUGCUCGUGCGGGAUCGGGAGGAGGAACAGAAUAAACUGAAACAAUUGCUGGCCUAG